AUGGAUCAAAAACUACGACGGGGGCUUACGGAAGCGCAGGGGAACAGGACGAGCAAUUGGUCUAAUUAUGUGGGAGAAAUUAAUUUCGAUGUGCACAUGACACUAACACUGGCGGCUUUAUUAUGUUUACUCAUUGGAGCGGUUGGAGUGAACUCUAUAGUACGCUGCUUUUUGCGAUGUAGGUAUAGCUUUGAGACGGAGAGGGCAGAGGAGGACGCUAGCGCACAGGGGCUUAAGAAGCAAGAACUCGCUCUGAUUCCGAUUGGGGUCUAUGGAAGUGAUGCAAAUAUUAAGAGCACAGAUUGCGCAAUUUGCCUUGCCCAGUUCGAGGUGGGCGACAAGCUCAGAAUGUUGCCCAUUUGCAACCAUGGAUUCCACCUCACAUGCAUUGAUACUUGGCUCUUGUCUAAUUUCUCUUGCCCCAAUUGCCGCCAAUCCGUCAAACCCCCUCAUACUUCACCCCACAUUGUUGUGAUCAUAGACAGUGUAAAUUAG